GCAUGGCGGGGAGAAAUUUAAUAUCCAAUUUUAGUCUUACAUGAGGGCGGUGGUUGUAGGUUCUUCUAGAUAUUCUUCUUCUUUCUUGAAUUGUUUUUCUGCUUGUGUGUAGUCUUGACUUCAUGCGGAUUUUAAUUGUUCUAAUGUUGUUUUCUGAUUGUUUUUGAUGGAUACUGAUUUGAUGUGUUGCAGGUGCUGUCCUCGGUGGAUGGGAGAUAUGUGCGGUCGGCGGUCCGGGAUGCUCUUCAACUUGGUGGGCAAUGUCCUUGGAUUCCUGGUGUUCGGCGCGCGGUGGUACGGGCUGUCCCUCUACCUGAUGGAUGUCGUCCUCGGCCUGGCGGAUGAUGUCGACUGGUUCCUCUCGGCGUUCGGCGGGGUGCGGCGCGACUCCAGUCCUGACAUUCUCGGAGGGCGUCCAUAUCCAGUGCGGGAGUGGGCGUAUGGCGAACGGUUAUCUUCUGGUUUUUUAUCCGAGUGACAGUACGAGAGAUGGGGGUUCCUGUUUCUGGGGCGUCGUCGUCCGUAUGCUCUCCCGAUGUUUCGUCCUCCGGCUCUUGGGCUGCCGACGGAUCUUCCACUAGGAUGCAGCUCUCCUCCACCUGUGUCGAAGAUAAAUCAUCCAGUACAUUGGGAUGGAAAUCGGCGGAUGCGGUGGCGGAUGCGGAUGGCGGCGAACAAUCGGGUGAGAGGUCCUCGGUAUCCGACAGACUUGGAUUGACCUGGUCGUUUCCUGCCAUAGUUUGCGGAAAAAUAGCGCAACGAAAGUGUGCAGUGAAUAAACGUGAAAGUGUUGUGAUAUACAA